GAACAAACAAAGAUCUUUGCGGCAUAAGAUUAAGCAAAUUUACACCAUUUAUAAACUCAAUCGCAAUCAUUAAAGAAAAAAAAUUGCAAUACCACCUUUUAAAAAAGCAAACAAAAGGGUUCGGACACAUUCAUUUUCAUAGUGAAAAUGAUGCUGCAAUAUUUUAUAAUUGUGUAAAAGAUCGACCAUUUCCUGAUGGGCCCGAAAAUAUUGAAAUUCAAUUUUUGCCGUCAAAAGAUGAAAAUGACGAACAUAUCACAUAUAACAUAUCAAAUCAUGAAGAAAACUUUUUACAAAAUAACAACGAUGAAAAUUAUAUUUAUGAACUGCCCGACAAUUCGAAUAAGAGAAAUAAAAGAAGCAAGGAUAAAGCUUUAAAUGAAACCGACGAUAAUUCGAAGAAAAGUAAGAGAAGCGAGGAUAAAAUUUUAAAUAGAACUGAUAGUUAUGAACUUUUAAAUUUUAACAAAGAAACUCGUGAAAUUUUAAAUCCUCAAUAUGCAUUAUAUGAGAAUCGGUGA